AGCCAGGAGCGGAUUGUAAAGCCCUGCUGUCCCGCCGUGUCCCUCUGACUUCCUCCAUAACGUAGACAUGGCUCAGGAUAUUUCGCCUCCGUGUGCUGAAACAUGGAACGGUGUUGUGGAGCGAGUCUCCACCGCCAUGAGCGAAUCUUCCUCCAUUCACAGCGACAGGUUCCACAGUUUAGCCAAGGAGUUUUCGGAAAUGGGGUUGGAUUCGAGGCACCGUAGACUUGAAGAUCCCACCUUUUACCCCGAACAGCGCGCAGAGAUGAGUGUGAUGGAGCAAUCGGCAGGUGAUAGCAAGCUACCCGUGGUCAACAACUUCAUGGACCCAGACCCAGACCGAGAGAGAGACUUGGAGGCCAAGAGACUGUACUUCGCCGACGGCAAGCGGAAGGUGGACUACGUGCUGGUGUACAAUUACCGGAGGCGGACGUCCAGCAGGGGCUCGCCUGGGCUACACAGGCUGUCAAUCAUCUCCAAUGGCAGCUUCCCCGCGGGUCUGGGGGCAAAGGACGUGGAGGAAGGAGGCAAAUCGGACCAGGAGGAGGUGGUGGUGGACGUGGGCCCGCUGGACCCGGCCGAGGGGGAGAAGAGGAUGGUCCGCGAGGAGUUCGAGGCGAGCCUCCUCGAAGCCGGCCUGGAGAUUGAACGAGACAAAGAGCACAAACUCCACGGGCACGCGUUCGUCCGUCUGCACGCGCCCUGGGUCGUGCUCAGCAGGGAAGCGGAGUUCCUGAAGAUUAAGGUGCCCACGAAGAAGAGUUAUGACCUGAAGGAGGAGAAGGGGUUUGCAGGGACGAUGAGUGCAGUGUGGAGGAAACUCAACCAGCCCUUCCAACCAAACGUCCCUCACCUGCAAGACCAGAGCCGCACCAAGUUCCUCUCACACUGCUUCUCCCGAGACAAGCUGCACCUGUACAACAUCAAAUCCAAGGACACCUUCUUUGACAAUGCCACUAGGAGUCGAAUCGUGCAUGAGAUCCUGCGUCGUACAGCCUGCACACGGACCUGCCAAACCAUGGGUAUCACCACGCUAAUAGCUAAAGGCAUCUACGAGUCAGCCUUCCCUCUCCAUGAUGGUGACUGCAAAGGCCCAGCCAAAGGUGAGGAGAGGAAUGACCGACAGAUACUGCAUGAUGAAUGGGCGAGAUACGGAGCUUUCUUUAAGCACCAGCCUGUAGACUUAAUCAGGAAGUACUUUGGAGAGAAGAUCGGCCUCUACUUUGCCUGGCUGGGCGUCUACACCCAGCUGCUUAUCCCGGCCUCCAUAGUGGGCAUCACCGUGUUCUUCUACGGCUGUGCCACAGUCGACACCAACGUGCCCAGUAUGGAGAUGUGUGACGAGAUGCAGAACUUCACCAUGUGCCCGUUGUGUGAUGGAGCCUGUGACUUCUGGCACCUGAGCACCGCCUGUGGCACCGCCCGAGCCAGCUACCUCUUCGACAACCCGGCCACCGUCUUCUUCUCCAUCUUCAUGUCUCUCUGGGUGGUCACGUUUCUGGAACAGUGGAAGCGCAGACAGAUCAGCCUGAACCAUAGCUGGGACCUGACAGGCAUGGAGGAGGAGGAGGAGCAUCCGAGGCCUAAAUAUGAAACCAUCCUUCUUCAGAAGAGGCAGCGGCAGAAAAAGAAGAAGACGAAAAAGAAGAACAAAAGCGAGGUUGGAAGCUAAAAAACAACAACAUUG